UAUGCACUCACAGGAGGCGGGGGCGGCUGUCGGUUUGCGCGCUGGCUGCAGGGCGCGCGGGGGAUCGUGUCGGGAAGGUUCCAGAAGGCUCUGGAACCCGGGACAGGGGGAGGAACCGGCUCGGGGGGGGCGCGCAUGCGCUGUCGGGCGCCCGUAUUUCUUCACGUGGGGCGGCGAUUCUGGUGUGUGAGAGAAAGCCAAGUCUCACGCGUGGAGAAGCCCCGAGCGCAGGACACAGGAGGGUCGCGGUGGAACCACGCUGCUGUGUGUAGAAACGUUCAUAGAGACACGUCGGCAUGGCGUUCAGGAAGUUCCUCCCGAUGUUUGACCGCGUGCUGGUGGAGCGCUUGGCCGCGGAGACCGUCUCCAAGGGCGGGAUCAUGCUGCCCGAGAAGUCGCAGGGGAAGGUGCUGCAGGCCACCGUGGUGGCGGUGGGGCCCGGGAGUGUCAACAAGAGUGGUCAGCUGCAGCCGGUCGGCGUCAAGGUGGGGGAGAAGGUCCUGCUGCCCGAGUACGGGGGUACGAAAGUGACGCUGGAUGACAAGGAUUACUUCCUGUUCCGUGAUGGAGAUAUCCUGGGGAAGUACGUGGACUGAAACUCCCUCUCCUUCUCCCCCAGCCCCCGCCCCCAUUCCAGCAGAGAGGAAGAAGGCUGCCCCGUAUUUGUAUUGUUUGUUUUCUCUUUCACUCGAAUGUAAAUACGAAUUGUGUUUUGUUACCAUAAUAAAGCGGAACCGCUGGACCCGGCUGUGUUGUCUGCAGUCGUUGAGACCUCAA